UAUGAAUUUCAAUUGUUGUGGAAAGUUAAACAUUGGGGUUUGCCUCAGUGAAGCGAAUAUUGACGUAUACCAACAUACAAAAAAAACGGAAAGUAAUUAUUUACAAUUCUUGCGCCUUUCCGUUGAUCAAUUUUCUUGGCAUUCUUGAAAAUAAAGAAUAAAAAAUGCGAGUAAUACGAAGACCCCAAAUCGAGUAAUCUGGGGUACGAGCUGAGUGAGCCCCUCGUUGGUGCAUAUAAUCCCCUCAUUUAAACUUCGCAACCUUGCAACACAGUUGACAAAAUACAUUUAACGCAUAUUGUCUGCGUAGUACUUGGUCGAUUCUAUUUCAAAAUGUAUUCCGCUGUUCUUUUUGCAGCAUUGGCGGCCAUAGCCAGCGGCACGCCUACAGCCACCAUCGGGAAUGGCAUCACCUUCAACGGCAUGGACCGCAACGGAGUCGAGAUAUUUCUAGGUAUUCAAUACGGAAAGGAUACAGGCGGUAGUAAUCGCUUCAAGCCUCCAAGGGCGUUUGAGCCGAACCCCAACAGCGUCUUCCAGGCGACUUCUUACGGCGAUGCUUGUCCUCAGUCCGUCAGCUCACGCACGCCCGUCAUUGCGCCGGUAACCGUGUCGGAAAAUUGUCUGAAUCUGAAUGUUGCUCGACCAAAAGGGGCAACAGAGAAGGAUAAGCUUCCUGUUAUGGUGUACAUCUAUGGAGGCGGUCUAUGGACAGGCGUUACUCAGGCACAAGUUGUUGCUCCAGACGGGCUGAUUCUGGAAUCAGUUUCCAAUGGGUUGCCCAUUGUUCAUGUGGCACUAAACCACCGUCUAGGAGUCUUUGGAUUCGCGCAGUCUGAUUUUCUGAAAUCCGAAAAAUCCGAGAAUGCCGGUCUGCGAGACCAACGGUUGGCGCUCGAAUGGGUUCGCGACAAUAUUGCGUCGUUUGGCGGCGAUCCUAACAAGGUGACCAUCUUCGGUCAAUCCUCUGGCGGCCUUUCCGUUGGCAUGCAGCUUCUUGCGUACGGUGGCUCCAAACCAUUCCCAUUUCACCAGGCGAUUUGCCAGAGUCAAGCACUGGAGCCCGGAAUCACUGGAAAUUACACAUUCAAAGCGAUGACUGCGGUAGCGCAACACGCGAAUUGUUCUACCGACAUCCAUACGUCCUCGUCAAUCGAAUGUCUUCGCUCCCUUACGACUCAACAGCUCUUCAACUCCUCUCUAGAGACAUAUGACGAUACAUCCAACUUUGGCGACAUUUGGCUGCCAUCUGUAGAUGGUGAUUUCUUGCCUGACGCGCCGUCAGAGCUUAUCAAGCAAAGCAAGUAUGCCCAAGUCACGACCAUGAUGGGUUGGUGCGAAAACGAUCUCGCUCGAUUCAUCGACCCGGGGGUGCAAACAUCCAAGGAUACGAAAAAGACUGUGCAAGACUACGCGCGCGACAUGAGCCCAGAGAACGUCAAACAUCUGUUGUCACUAUACCCCGAGUUGGACUUCCACGCAAACAAGGCCGCUGGGCUGUCUGCCGAGUUUUACCGCUCAGCCCAGAUUUUGCGAGACAUCCUCAUGGUUUGUCAGCCCAUGUACUUUGCUCAGCACAUGGCGUCCACAGGAAAUGAUGUCUUCCUUUAUGAUUGGAACCAGACGAUGCUUGGUCCCAUGCUCGACUCGAGGGGUCAACCUGGCCGUGGUGUCGUCCACACCAGUGAGCUGGGUUACGUGUUUGGCAACAUCUCCGCAUACAAUACUAGCGGGCUGGCCUUCAAUCCCACGCAAUCUGAUUAUGAUCUCCAAGAUAAGGCGUCUCGUUCUUGGUCUGGUUUUGCUAGUACUGGUCAGCUCAGUUUACCUGGUCGCAAGACUUUUGAAGGGUUUGAGACGGCAUACAAACACGACAAGACGCGAAUUUAUGUCGCUGGUGGCCCUGUGGAAGGUUUAUAUGCUACUGCGAGCUGCAAGAAACGCGAUGCGAUAAAAGUGCAGAAGCUCAAGGAGCGAUGCGCCUUUUUGAAUCGGCCUGACAUUAUUGAGCAAUUGAAGUACUAGCGUCUGGUAAAUGUGUAGAAAAUUGGCUUCUUCAUUCAAUUAAAUCGAAAGAAUGCAUUCUUAAUGUUUCCUCGGUGUACUUCGUCCCACAUAUAGUCUUCUAGAUCUCCUUUGCAUUGGUUUGUGCAUAUGUUUCAUUGCCGGUCGUCAACUCCCUGGUGUACUCGGAAAUGUAGGCGGGCGUUUCAAGACGGUUAUAUGAAGAUGGCAACGCAUCUCCAAACACCUGAUGUACAGGUACUACUCCAGUCCAGAUGCUGUUUAAUUCGUCCUCAUUUUCUAGAUCGUGCUUGUCAUCUUCAACACCACCAGUUCGGUACUUGAGGCUACCAGACGCAAUCCUGACACGUAGGACGCCAGUGCUUUGUAGCUCGGCAUUCGUCGGGGGCUGUCUGCUCUGCUUCCAGCGACCCGGAACCACGGAGUUUGUGAUGAGCUCCAAAGCGAAGAGCUUCUCCUCUGGGUCUUCAACUAUGGUUGCAUGGCCAAAGAGAACGACCGAACGAUAGUUGUAGCUAGAGUUAAAUGCAGAAAGUGAGAGAACCAGGCCAUCAAGAUGUGUAGUGGAUACACAGACUGGAACACCUUCUGUGCCACCUUCACGCCCUGUUCUGAAAAGACGGCUUGUCGCAUAGCCGUGAAUGUAGAGAUCCAGAGGGUCGCCGAGAUCCGCGCUUGGCCGCUCAAAGGAUCCCAUUUG